CCAGUGAAGUGAGUGUUGUUGUUUACCGCGUGAAGAGAGAGCAUUUUCUGUGGCAUUUUCGGCCUUUUUCCAAAGGAAAAGCUGAUGGAAUUGGCCAAGCGCAGUAUGGGGCAAGAUUUCGACGUGGUGGAAUUCAUCAAGACCAUCAGAGCAUCCGCGCCGCCCUACAAAUGUCCCGUGGAGAAGUGCGACAAGUCCUACAAGUCGGCGAUUGGGAUGCAGUACCAUCUGCUGAACUUCGAUCACGACACCGGCACCACCGUGACGCCCGUGGUGACGCCGUCGCGCAAGAAGGGCCGCACGCGCGUGCCGGGGGCGCCACAGCAAGCCCCGCCGGCUGAGACGCCCAAAGAAGCUGUGACGUACAACGAAGCGCUGGGCGUUGUUCAGUUCGAGAUUGAGGGGCGCACGAUGCAGCUGUCGGUGGACGAGGAUCUUCCGCUGAUGGAUCUGGAAGAGUACAAAAGGCUAUAUGGCCCGCUGGCGGCGGAUCCACCUCCAGAGCCACACAUUAAGCUGCCUGAAGCGGCGGUGAAGGAGUUGAAGAACUACAACAUCUGCGACGCUCCGCCGCGGCCGAACGCCUACAUCCGGUUCAUCGAGAAGUCCGCCGAGGAGCUGGACGGCGAGGUGGAGUACGACGUGGACGAGGAGGACACCACGUGGCUGGGAAUCAUCAACGAGAAACGGCAGAGUCAGGGACUGAAUCCGGUGAGCGUGGACUCGCUGGAGCUGCUGAUGGAUCGACUGGAGAAGGAGUCGUACUUCCAGGCCGCAGCCAAUGGGCAGAGCGGCUCCGUGGUGGACGACGACGCCGUGUGCUGCAUCUGCAUGGACGGCGAGUGCCAGAACACGAACGUGAUCCUCUUCUGCGACAUGUGCAACUUGGCCGUGCAUCAGGAUUGCUACGGCGUGCCGUACAUUCCCGAGGGUCAAUGGCUCUGCCGGCGCUGUCUGCAGUCGCCCAGCCGCCCGGUGGACUGCGUGCUGUGCCCCAACAAGGGCGGCGCCUUCAAGCAGACCGACCGUGGCCAGUGGGCACACGUUGUGUGUGCGCUGUGGAUUCCAGAGGUGCGCUUCGCAAACACAGUCUUCCUGGAGCCCAUCGACUCCAUCGAGACCAUCCCCACGGCGCGCUGGCGCCUCUCGUGUUACAUCUGCAAGCAGAAGUCCGUGGGCGCGUGCAUCCAAUGCCACCGCACGAACUGCUAUGCCGCCUUUCACGUCACGUGCGCCCAGCAAGCGGGUCUGCACAUGCGAAUGGACACGGUGCGCGACAGCGUGACUGGCACUGAGGCGCAGCCCAUCAUUGUGCAGAAGACGGCGUACUGCGACGCUCACACGCCGGCGGGCAGCACAGAGGCGCCCGACGAGGCGACAGAGAAGGCGCGCGAGGAGUCGCGCAACAAGAUGAAGCAGGCGCGGAAGUUACUGGCGAAGAAGCGCACGUCCGUGCCGGUGAUCCUCAUUCCCACUAUUCCGCCUGAGCGCGUGCAGGAGAUCGCGCAGCUGGUGAACAUCCAGAAGAAGUCGCCCUUCAUCCAGCGCCUGAUCGCGUACUGGACGCUGAAGAGGCAGUACAGGAACGGUGUUCCGCUGCUGCGGCGCCUGCAGAGUCAGGGACAGUCGCACAGCACCUUCGCGGCGGCCAGGAGUGGGAUUGAAGGCUCGCCGGACACUUCGGAGCUGUACCAGCAACUGAAGUACUGGCAAUCGCUGCGACAGGAUCUUGAGAGGGCGCGGCUACUGUGCGAGCUGGUGAGGAAGCGGGAGAAGCUCAAGGUGGCGCUGAUUAAGGUGCAGGAGCAGACGCUGAUGAUGCAACUGAACCCAGUCGAGGCGGCCAUGCACAAGUUGCUGGAGGGACUGGAGCAGAAGGACACGUCUGAGAUCUUCCGGGAGCCCGUGGACGUGAACGAGGUGCCGGAUUACAUGGACAUCGUUAAGCAUCCGAUGGAUCUCAGCACGAUGGCGGAGAAGCUGAAGAGCGGCGCCUAUGAGAGUCUCGACGAUCUCGAGGCGGACUUCGAUCUGAUGAUCCGCAAUUGUCUGGCGUACAACAACAAGGACACGAUUUUCUAUCGCGCCGGCGCCAGGAUGCGCGAUCAAGGUGGCGCGCUGUUUAAGGCGGUGCGCAAGGAUCUGGAGAAGGAGGGCCUGAUCAGUGUGAAGAAGACGGACGAGAUCGUGGGCCAGGAGAUCGACGAGGAGGUGAAGAUGCUGCUACAGCAGCCGCCCACGGAGAAGAUCGUGACUAAGCUGCAGAUCCUGUUGGAGCGCGCAGUGGCGCGUCACGGACUGACCAAGACGAAGCGCGUGCGCCAGAUCAAACUGGAGAUCUCGAAGAUGAAGCGUGCCAUCACGAAGCAGGAGACCAGCGAACGCGAGGCGGAGUCUCUGGCCGCGGCGAAGGAGACAGCGUCCAAGGAUGUGAAGCACGAGGAGCAGAACGCCAAGACGCCGCCGUGCAGUCCCGUGAAGACGGCCAACAAUUCCGCCUCGCCAUCUGGUGUGAACAGACGCACGGCGGUGUUGUUCACGAGGAAAGCCCAGGCAGCGCUCAAGAAGCCCGAUCUGCCCACGAAGGAGGACUCUUCCUGCGACGUUCCCAUCGCGGACAAGUUUAAGGUCGCUCGGAAGCCGGGCAGGAAGAAGGCGACGUCGACGGAGAAGGAGAAGAAGUUCAGUCCCAGCUCGAGCGGGAGUCCGAAGAAGUCGUCGCCCGUCAAGGAGCAGCCCUUCGAGAGCAUCCCGGACAGCUUCCGGCUGUACAGGGCGCAGCCGAAGAAGGACGUUCCGGACUCCGAUGAGAGCGACAUGAGCUUCACGCACAGCACGUGCAGCAGCUGCAGCGGCUUCAUGGACGACGGCACUGGAUCGGACUUCGGCUCCAGUUUCGACGAUGACUCUUCGUACAGCGACAGCGAGAUGCACUCGAGUGACAAUGACGAGGCCAAAGCGGCGCGAGAGGACAAACCGGCGUCCCUGGAGCCUUUGCAGCUCGUCUGGGCGAAGUGCACCGGCUAUCCCUGGUACCCGGCGCUCAUCAUCGACCCGCAGAUGCCCAAGGGUUUCGUGCACAACGGCGUGCCGCUGCCGGUGCCGCCGCAGGACGUGAUGGCGCUGCGCAAGAACAACACUGAACCCGUCUUCCUCGUGCUCUUCUUCGACGUGAAGCGCACGUGGCAGUGGCUGCCGGUAAACAAGCUGGAGCUGCUAGGGCUGGAUAAGGAAGUGGACCAGGCCAAGCUGAUGGAGUCGCGCAAGCCGAAGGAGCGCAAGGCCGUGAAGAAGGCGUAUCAGAACGCAUUGUUCUACCAGAGCCAAGUAUCUGAACUCGAGAGCGGCGGACAAGCUGCCAAAGGCAGAGCCUGACGCUUCCUCUUCUGAGCGACGGGUGGUCAGUGAAAGACAUCCUCGUCGUUCCAUUGUCUUUAUUUGCUAUAUCGGCGCGCAUUUCACAUCGUGUGUGGAAAAUAUACAAUUUACAUGGGAUUAAUGCGUGAAUAAUAGAGAAACACUCCCUAAUUACAAAGUACUGUCCUUAAUUAAGCUAUGUACACUGCAAAAUAAAUCGCUGUCUAAUUGCUACUGACUCGCG